GCUUAAUUUUAUAAUAACAAAUGUAAGAAUUGUUACUUCGAAGUACUCACCGCCCAGUCCAGCCUUCAAGAGAAGUACUCCUAUGCUCAGUUUUGAUAAUGGAAAAUGUAGAACCUGAAAACCCCGAGUGUGACGGCGAAUUUGCCUUCGAAACUGACCACUUGGCGCUGCGAGGUAACAAAGAUUACUGCGAGCUAUUAAAAUAUAUCGUCAGGUUAGAAGCAUUGAAGCUACAGGCUCUCAAAGACACAGAAGACUUAGCAGAACAGCAAAACAGGGCGUUAGAUGAUCCAUUGCAGUUUGUUGAAGACUUGAAAUUAGGUAAAAUAAAUUUCCCACCAAGGCAACAUGUUCCAGAACCACCCAACAUAGAUUGGAACAGCUAUGGAAUAGAUACAACUAUGGACGAUGACUUUAGAGACGUAAAGUCAAAUAAAAAUGAUGACAGCAGCACUAAAGUCAGGGGUCGAAAGUUUACAGACAACAAGCCUGAGACAUUCAAUCAAUUGUGGUCUUGUGAAGAACAAAAGAGGCUCGAGGAAUUAUUAGAAAUAUACCCUGAGGAACCCAUUGAAGCAAGGAGAUAUAAGAAAAUAGCUGAAGCUCUCGGAACACGAACACCUAUUCAAGUUAUGAGCAGGAUUCAGAAAUAUUUUGCUAAAUUAGCAAAAGCUGGCUUGCCAAUACCUGGGCGAGCGCCAAAGAGAGUUGGAAGAGAAAAAAGCAAAUCCAUUUUUUAUAAAAAAUCUACAUUUUUCCCUCAACUCCACGUUCCUGUUAAAAUGGAAGAUCCUUAUGACAGUGGUGAUGUGCUUGAAAGCACUUCAACAUUAGAAAGCAAAAGUGGCCAGAAACAUAUGCUGGAUUUAUUGAAAGCAGCCAAAGAUCAAAGGGUACUGGAUGAGAUAUCUCCUAUAUAUCAGACUAAGACAAUGUGUGUAGGCUGUCAGAAAACUGGAUUCUUAGGAGCAAGGUGGACAGAUAACACUGGCACAGAUUAUUGCACAGAUUGCGUGGUGAAGCUUUUACCAGCUGAGAAAUUAAUACCUAUUCGAACACCUGUUUAAAUUCCUUCAGCUUUAAUUUUUUUCUAAAAUAUGGUACAUUGGUAUCACUAAGAACAAAUUUAUUUAAGUUGAGGUGAUUAUUCACUACUACAUACAAAUUUUCACUCAAUAU